AUGGAUAUUCGCGUGAAGCAAGAGAAUCUACCAAAUCCCACUACCCUGCCGGCUUGGAAACCGCCCGGGAAUGGAAACAAAACCGAUGUUAUCGAUCUCUGCAGUAGCGAUGAAGAAGACGGCUCCGCGUUCGUUGUAAACCCCGACGAAAUCGCCGACGACGAAACCGCUGAUUUUUCUACCCAUGAUUCUAGAACCUUCUCCGUCGUCGGUGAGAAGAGAGCAAGAACUGAUUCUCAGGAUUCUCCGGCGAAGAGGCUAGCGGUUUUGAUUGCAAAGGAAGAGGAAAGGUUUGGGCAAUCGAUUCCUCAACGGGAACAAGCGAUUGUGGCUUUUCCGGCGACACCUUGUACCUUCGUGGCGCCGCCUAAUUCGUCAGCGUCUUGCAAGCAAUUCUGGAAAGCAGGGGAUUACGAAGGAACAUCUGGUGGUGAUUGGGAAGUCUCUGCAGGUGGAUUCGAUCAUGUAAGAGUCCAUCCUAAGUUCUUGCAUUCUAAUGCAACAAGUCACAAAUGGGCUCUUGGAGCUUUUGCAGAGCUUUUGGACAAUGCUUUAGAUGAGGUUCACAGUGGAGCUACAUAUGUGAAUGUAGACAUGCUCCAGAAUAGGAAAGAUGGAAGCAAGAUGGUCUUGGUUGAAGACAAUGGUGGUGGGAUGAAUCCUGAAAAGAUGCGACACUGCAUGUCUCUUGGAUACUCUGCCAAGAGCAAACUUGCUAACACCAUUGGACAGUAUGGCAAUGGAUUCAAGACUAGUACAAUGAGACUAGGAGCUGAUGUUAUUGUAUUCUCACGUUGCUGUGGAAAAAACGGAGAUGGCGUUACGCAGACCAUUGGGCUGCUAUCGUAUACAUUCCUGAAGAGCACUGGGAAAGAGGACAUUGUUGUACCCAUGCUUGACUACGAAAGAAGAGGUUCAGAAUGGAGUCCAAUAAUACGGUCUUCGGGUAGUGACUGGCUUAAGAACGUGGAAACAGUAGUUCAAUGGUCGCCAUUCUCUACUGAAGAAGAUCUUCUUUCCCAGUUUAAUCUAAUGAAGGAUCAUGGCACAAGGAUAAUCAUAUAUAAUCUCUGGGAAGAUGACGAAGGAAUGCUAGAGCUUGAUUUUGACACUGAUCCAUUUGAUAUCCAACUUAGAGGGGUCAAUCGGGAUGAGAAAAGUAUCGAAUCGGCUGCUAAAUACCCUAACUCUAGACACUUCCUGACAUACAAGCACUCACUCAGGAGUUAUGUAUCUAUUCUAUACCUAAGAGUUCCACCUCAGUUCCGUAUCAUUCUCCGAGGAAAAGAUGUUGAGCAUCACAGCAUUGUGAAUGACAUGAUGCAGACAGAAAGAAUUAGUUAUCGACCAAAAGAGGGUGGCGAAGGACUCUCUAAUUGCUCAAAUCAGAUGUCUGCUGUUGUGACCAUUGGAUUUGUCAAGGAUGCAAUACAUCAUAUUGAUGUUCAGGGCUUCAAUGUUUACCACAAAAAUCGCCUUAUCAAGCCAUUUUGGAGGAUAUGGAAUGCAGCAGGAAGUGGUGGCCGUGGUGUCAUAGGCGUCUUGGAAGCUAAUUUCGUUGAGCCUGCUCAUGAUAAGCAAGGGUUUGAGCGUACAACAGUUUUGUCGAGACUCCAGCAACGGCUAGUUCAAAUGCAGAAGACUUACUGGAGAUCUAAGAGUCACAUAAUCGGAUAUAACCCAAAACAAGGCAAGAAGUCAGUAGCAGAGGAUUCUGAAGACAGAGAAUCAUCACCGGAAUAUGAUCCAAAAGGAUCAGCCUCAUCCAGGAAAAGAACAGCUGCUUCGAGCUUCAAAACUCCAGCUGCAGCUUCGGGGAAAUUCGACUCGAGAUCAAAUGUGAAUCGAGGAGGAAAAGGAUCUGUUAAAGAUUCGAUAGGGAGUGGUUAUGUAUCAUCUGAGAAAGGUGGUCAAAUUGAAAACACCUCUUCCAAAUCUAACAAAGCAAAGCCUCAAGGAGAGAUUAUCAACAGUGAUGAUGACUCUGAAUAUGAUUCUUCUGUUAAAAGAAACGUCACUGAGCUUCCCAAGAAGAUUUCUGAACUACCAAACCCUUGUUCUGGUUCAUGUACACUCACUCAAUUGGAACAAGAGAAUGAAGAGUUGAAAGAAAGUCUAAGUAAGAAAGAAGAUGUAUUCGUGUUAUUGAAAAACGAGCUACGACGUGAGAAAGAGCUACGCAAGAGACUUGAAGCGGAGGUUCAAACGUUAAAGGACAAGUUAGAUGAAGAGAAGAAAGAGCAAGACAGUUUAAUCGCCAUAUUCUCAGAAGAGGGAGAGAGACGAGACAAGGAGGAAGAACAUCUCAGAAAUAAGCUUGAGGAAGCGUCAAACACGAUCCAAGAGUUGUUAGUUGAAAAAUCCAGAGGGGGAUGA